CUAAUGUUCUGACGUCUAAUGGCCACUGGAAUCUCCAUCUGAUUAUAGGAAUCUCAGUGCCCAUUACCAUUUUCAACCAAAAUCUCUGUCUCGUCCCUUUGUCUAUUUCAAAUAUUUUAGAGAAUUUUUUCAUAGUUAUAAUUUGCAGAGUUGUAUUCUGAAUUAUUAAUUAUUUGAAUUUGGUAGAUAAAAAAUGGCCUCAGUUGGAUUUCGAUCGUCAAGUUUGUGUAAAUCACAAGAUAUGGACUUUUUCAAGGCAUUAAGUGCGAAGUUAAGGCCGGUGAAUGUGUCUGUAUUGAAUUGUAAGAGUAAAAGAUUGGGGAUUAGCAGUGGAGAGGUGAGAUCGAAUUUUUUGGAGCCGACAAAGGCAAUGGAUGCUUCCGAAACGACGUCGGACAUCAAUGACGGUUGCAAUGCUAUCGAUGAUUUGUUGACAACGGACUGCGAUGGUUUCCCCGGAAAGAGUACGCCCAAGAUGUCCACAGUUGGACAUUCGACCAAUAUUCUAUGGCAUAAAUGUUCUGUAGAAAAGAGUGACAGGCAGGAAUUGCUUAAACAAAAAGGUUGUGUAAUCUGGAUUACUGGACUCAGUGGUUCAGUUUCCUUGAUCUUUCAUAGAUUUGGACGCUUUUGGGUUUUUCUGUUAUUAAGUGUCGAGCAAGUAGAAUGCUGUGGAAUUGAUUUUCUUCAUGUGACUGUGAGGUCGUGGCUUUUUAAGAAACUGAAAACUUAUGCACCUUCAAAAGAAAAGAAUGCUGCUAGCUUGUUUAUAUAUGAAUUCACUUUUUGUGAAGGGUAA